AUGACACAACAACAUCGCAAGAGCCCUGUGAGCCUGGACAUUGCUGUCGUCGGCGCAGGGCUAAGUGGCCUUGCUUCCGCGAUAGGCACCGCUCUCUCUGGACAUCAUGUGACUGUCUAUGAGUCCGCUAAGGAGCUCCUCGAGGUUGGCGCAGGACUCCAGGUAACACCCAAUUGCACCAGGAUUCUUCAGAAAUGGGGGUUACCCGAUCGGUUGUGGACUUCAGCUGCCGAGCCGACGUCCUUGAUAAUACAUCGCUACUCCGGAGAAGUGCUUUUGAUGGAAAAGAACUUUGAUAAGAACAUUAGGGAAAAGUAUGGGUCACCGUUCAUCGAUCUUCACAGAGUUGACAUGCAACUGUCUCUGUACGAGCGUGCCAAGGAACUAGGGGUAGAGUUCAAGCUCGGGGAGAAGGUUGACUCUAUUGACUUUGACAAGCCAGCGAUAACGUGUGGUUCUGGGCUCUGUUUGAGCCCAGAUCUCAUCGUUGCAGCCGACGGCUUAUGGUCAACGUGCCGCUCCUGCUAUCUGGGAACCAACGAUCUGCCGCUGCCAACUGGUGAUCUGGCAUAUCGGGUCGUGCUCAAGCUUGACCAGAUUACGGACCCCGAACUGAGACUUUGGGUCAAAUAUCCUUCGUGCCAUUUCUGGAUCGGACCAGGGGCUCAUGCUGUCGGCUAUUCAUUGCGGGCGGGUGACGUGUACAAUAUCGUGCUCCUGGUACCAGAUGACCUGCCUGAGGGUGUGAGGAAACAAGCAGGCUCGACUGAGGAGAUGAAGGCAUUAUUCCGAGAUUGGGAUCCAGUUCUCAACAGAUUCUUGGACCUAGUGGAUAAUGUUGAGAAGUGGAAACUUAUGCACAGAGAUGAAAUGGACUCAUGGGUGAACGAGAGGUCUAAUUUCGUGUUUGUUGGCGAUGCAUGCCAUCCUAUGCUUCCUUACCUCGCUCAGGGAGCCAACUCCGCCAUUGAAGAUGGAGCUGUCUUGGGCCAACUUCUAGGGCAUAUCACCUCAAAAGACCAGCUUCCUCAGGCACUGAAGAUGUAUGAGAAACUACGCAAAGCCAGAGGUGAAGCUAUUGUCAGGGAAACAUUUAAACAGCGUGAAGCAUUCCACAUGCAAGAUGGCCCAGAGCAAGAAGCCCGCGAUGAGCUCUUCCUCAAACAAAUGAACGCGGUGGAUAUAUGGGUACGACGCCUACAAGGAGGUGGCGAACGCUGUGCAGCAAAAUCCGUUCUCGAAAAGCGCCGUUCCCAGCCAAAGCUCUCCGGUUCCAACCGCACGAGCGAAGACGAACUCGCAGCUUAUCAGUAG